UCCGUACUCUUCCAAUAUGUCUGCGCGCACGUUCGCGUGUGAGUGACGAGGAGCAGCACAAACCCGAACUGUUAGUGAGGUUUUAAGUUGUCUGUCCAGUAAUAACGGUUGUUAAACAGGGUCAAGACAUUUACGUAGAAGGGCACCGAUUGCAGCCUUUUGGUGUUUAAAGGAUAAAUAAGGUUAAUCGCUGUCGAGUUGUAUCAUUAAGUUGGAAGGCCGUCCACCUUUAUGACCGCAGCCGCUAUCAGCAUAGCCCUCUGUCGAAGCCGUCCCUGCAUCCCACCAGUCCCCUCGUGUUUUCGGUUUGCCAUUCAGUGGGUCCCCCGAACACACAAGGCGACGAAACAGCCUGCGUCCACCAUGGAUACGACAAACAGUCGGGUGGUCGGCGCCUCCGGUGAGCGCGAGCCGCCCCAGCCGAUCUCGUCCGAUGGUGCCUUGCCGGUGGUGGCGAGCGGCGAGACGGUCAUCACGGAGGGCAGAGCCAGCAUCGUGUACCCCGAUGCCAACCAAGUGUUCUACAACCCCGUGCAGGAGUUCAACAGGGACCUGACGUGUGCCGUGAUCACUGAAUUUGCUCGAGAGCAACUUAUUGCUAAGGGAAUUCAAAUAGAAGUCCCAGGGGAAGAGACGACAAAUCGAGUGGUGGUCGAUUUGUCUGAGGAGAACACUGAUGCUGGAGAAACAGCGGACGCUUUGCAAGCAGAGGCGAUUGAGCCAUCCGAUUCCGAAGAUCCUCGUCCAUCCUGUACAGAGGCCACAACAGUGGAAAACAAACGGGAGAUGAGGACCACCAAAGUUGAAGAGAAAUGCGAGGGAGGUCUUCGUAUUUUGGAGGGUCUCUCUGCUUCUGGCUUGAGAUCAAUUCGAUUUGCCAAAGAGAUUCCAGGUAUUGAGAGAAUCGUCGCCAAUGACUUCUCACAGCAGGCAGUUGAACUGAUCAAGAGGAAUAUUGAGGCCAACCAAGUGCAGCACCUUGUAUUUCCCAGCUACGCAGAUGCCAGAAUGCUUAUGCAUCAGACUUGCAGACGGAAGGAGCGUUAUGAUGUCAUCGACCUUGAUCCCUAUGGCAGCCCCGCCCAGUUCAUUGAUGCUGCUGUGCAGGCCGUUAGUGAAGGAGGGCUGUUGUGUGUCACUUGUACUGACAUGGCGGUCAUGGCCGGCAAUAGUGGAGAAACGUGCUACAGCAAGUAUGGCUCAGUCUCAAUCAAGGCCCGAUUCUGCCAUGAAAUGGCACUUCGUAUCAUCCUCCACAGUCUUGACCUGCGAGCAAACUGUUACCAGCGAUAUAUUGAGCCCCUGCUCAGCAUCAGUGCAGACUUCUACAUUCGAGUAUUUGUGAGGGUGCACACAAGCCAAGCAAGGGUGAAAAACUCUGCCAGCAAACAAGCGCUGGUCUACCACUGCGUGGGGUGUGGCACCUUCCACCUGCAGAGAAUGGGAAAGGCCACCAGUCAAGGGAAGAACAUGAAGUAUUCAGCAGCAACUGGACCGCCAAUUGGGCCCUCUUGUGAGUACUGUGGCCAGCGGCACCAGAUGGGUGGACCAGUGUGGGCCGAAGCGAUCCACAACACGGAGUUUGUCCAAAAGGUUUUGUCGGCCGUCUCCACAAACCCUCAGAGAUUCAAGACCUCCAGUCGAAUUCAGGGCAUGCUUAGCAUGGUCACAGAGGAGCUCCCUGAUGUGCCCCUCUAUUACACUCUGGACAACCUGAGCGGCAUCAUUCACUGCAGCACACCACCCCUGCUGCAGAUGAGAUCUGCUUUCCUCCACGCAGGGUUCAGAGUUUCCCUCUCUCAUGCCUGCAAGAACGCGUUGAAGACCGAUGCGCCGCCCGGUGUAGUCUGGGAUAUCAUGAGGUGCUGGGAAAAAAAGAAUCCAGUGAAAAAGGAGAAGCUGUCGGUGACCAGCCCGUCCUACCACAUCCUAUCUUGUGAACCUGUUCUACAGGCAUGCUUUGAUAUCCGAGACGAUGCCAAUCCCAAAUCACGGAAGCAACAUCUGAAACGUUUCCAAGAGAAUCCAGAAGCAAACUGGGGUCCCAAAGCCAGAGCAAAAGUGGGUGGAGGAAUUGCGAUACCAACGGAGGAGAAAAGGAAGCUGCUGCAGAACAAAAGAAAAGGUCGCAAUGAGGAACCCAAAGAGAUGAAAAACUACCCCUGCAAAAAAUUUAAGCAGGGCAACUGUACAUUGGGAGAGAAAUGCUUAUAUUCCCAUGAUAACCCCGACAAAAAUCAAGCAGAAAAAGAAGAACCCCAGUGAACGGCGAGAGUUCCAUGAAGCUGCAACUCGCAAUGGUACAGAAGACUGCCAAGGGGACGGAUAUCAAUGUUAAUCUGUCGAGAAAGACAAAAAAACGCAGUGGCUGUUGACAUGAUGAGGCCGACAUGGAGAAGUGGAAAAUGAUGGGUCAGACUGGACCUCCCUGGUUUAAAUCCCACAGAGGCAAGUGUUAUCAGAUUUAGGUCUACAAUUAGUUUUAUGACUUUUUAUUUAAACUUCUGUAUCUACAGUGUAUACAAACAUCCUGCUAAUAAAGGACUGUUGCCUGAUC